CUAAUGGUCUGUCACCAGAACUGCUGCUUUCUUCGCCGGUCUCCUGGCACCAAAGGAUCCAGGUUUGAAAGAUUGGUGUCGGUGAAUGGUGCAAAACGGUAGGUGCAGUACGAGACACACCAAAAGCGUUAGGUAGCAGCUACGAAGCAAAGCGGGAGCCAGAAGUCAGAAUCAAAACGGUGCAUUUAUCAGAAAUAAAACAGGUGACAGAAGGAAGAGGAGAGAGAGGUCUCGCAGCUUUAAAACAGAGCUAGGGACUCCGUGACUCUCAACUCAGGUCACUCGUCUGAGAGAGGGAAAAGAGAGAGUCUUACAGGCUGUAGAAACCUCGAAACCUCUCUCUCUGCUCUCCGUAGGCUUUGUUCGGUUGUUCCCUCCUCAGAGCAACACAGGGGAAGAGAAAAAAGGGAAACGAGAAUGCAUCUAUCGACCUCCCUCCCCAAUCACAAAGCCCUUCAUCACCUUCCUCUCUCACCUUUCCUAACCAGCAAUUUCCCCUUCCAACGACCCACCUUGAUCUCCACAACCCCACGCUUUUCCACCGCUCUCACCGUAUCCGCCCGCCGGAACACCACUCCCCAAAUCAGCCCCUUCCUCAGGACCGCCGGAACAGCUGUUCUCACCACUGCCCUUCUCUUCGGACGCUUCUCCCUCGCCCCUGCCAAAGCCGAUGCCCCACCGACGCCGCUGCAUCCUCCUUAUUCUGCUGAAGAAGAGCCCGAAGCGCAGAAGCCCGUGUUGGAACAAUUUCUCGAGUCUCACCCAGAAUCGAGCACCCAUUUGAGAGCUCUGGUCCAGCAGAAGAUCGAGGCCGGAGAAGACGCCGAGGCUCUCUCUGUUCUUCAAUCCCUCAUCCGCUCCCAGCCCCGGGAAUCCGAGUGGAAGUUCCUGGCGGCGAGGCUCCUCAAUGAGAUGGGCCGGCCGGAGGAGUCGCGGGCGCUCUUCGAAGAGAUCCUUGCCGAGAACCCGCUCUCCUUCGAGGCUCUGUUCGAGAACUCCAUCCUCAUGGACCGGUGCGGCGAGGGUAAGGCUGCCCUUGAGCGCCUCGAAUCGGCUCUAAGCGCGGCGAAAUCGGAGGCCAAGGAGAAGGAGGCCAGAGACGUCCGAUUCAUCAUUGCCCAAAUCCUGUUUCUGCAGAAGAAGGUGGAAGAAUCGUUGGCGAGCUACCGCGAGUUGGCCAUGGAAGACCCCAAGGAUUUCCGUCCAUACUUCUGUCAGGGGGUAAUCUACAGUUUGCUGGACCGCAAUGCAGAGGCGAAGGAGCAGUUCAGGAAGUACAAGGAAUUGGCGCCGCGGAAAUUCGAGGUUGAAGGUUACUUGCAGACGCCAUUGUCAAGGAUGAAGAUCUUCGGUUCGGACGAUUCGACGCCUGGAAAGGUCAGCGAGCCCGCGGCAGCGGUUGCAGAAAGGUGAAGCUCAUCUCAAUCUGAAGCAAGAUUUUGGUAGUACAAAAUAAUGGCUUAGAAAUACUGAAUUAUGGGGUCAUGGAGAGGUUCUCCAUUCGAAGUUCUGCUUCUGUUUUGGAGAUUUUCUCUUUCUUCUAUUGUUUUCUGACAGACCAGGAGACUGAAGAGGCUUUCUCGUUGUCAACAAAUAGGAAGCGACAUAAUAAUGAUAUCGUCUCUUUUUUGACAAGAAUGAUUAGAUUGCUUAUCCAUGA